CUGUUUGUAAUUGUCUAUAUAUUAAGAAAGUACGAUGAUUUCCUCCAAAUCGUUUAUUCUUUCAAUAGUGCUAUGUGUACUUCUAUUCAUCAACUGCAGUGAAGCAAUCUGGUGCUACCGAUGUAAUUCUGCCACCCCGGGAUGUGGUGAAAAAUUCAAUUGGAGAGGCAUCGGCUACCUCGGUGAUCCGUGUCCAGAAGAUGACGAUGUAUGUGUAAAGGUUAUUGAGCGAAAAGGCACAAUCGAAACGUACACCCGUGAUUGCCUUAGUUCGCUGCAAGGUUUCCGCACGGACAUUCCAGCUGACAAGUACGAAGGAUGCCGACCGGCUGCUAAGGAUCUAAAUCUUGCUCACUACGUCAACACGUCGAUCAAGGAGCUAGAUGUGAAGCGGAACCAUUUUGAUUCCACGACAUUCUGCUUUUGCUUCCUAGAUCAUCGAUGUAACAGUGCACCAACAUCAUUCGGAAGCGGAAUUUACCAAAAGUUGAUUGUGUCUCUUUUCUUGGGAGUAACCGUGUUGCUUCGCAAGUUGUUUUAAACUCUCCGUACAAACAAAUAAUGAGCACAUCGAAAAGCGCAGAAUCUCCAUCUAGAUUUUAAUGCUAAAUAGUAACAAUCCGUCAUAAGUGCAAAAUAUCAACAUUCCGUCCAGAGUCCAUGUUUUAGAUAUAAUUAAUCUAACUUUUGCAAACGGAGCUAAGACAUUUUAAUAAAAGAUUGUAAUAUAAAGGAUGUAAUUACUGGUUUGUAUCUAUUGGCUUGACUUAGUUCGUGUCCCAGUAUUUAAAAUCAUUUUGCUAAUAUAAUAUUCAAAAUGCUCCAAACCAUCUCAUAACAAUA